GUCAAAUUUGUUCAUGGAAGGAUCCAACACACUCCAGAGUCAACAAAAGAUGAGUUGCAGGAGAGCCCAGUUGAGAGUGUCUGUAAUGAAAAGGACUCAUUUGGACCUUCCCCCUUUAUCAAUGACGAACUAUGGUGAACUGAAUGUUCUGGAUGACAUUUUGACUGAUGCUCCUGACCAAGAUGAUGAGUUGUAUAACCCUGACAGCGAGCAAGAUAAAAGUGAGAAAAAGGGAUCGAAAAGAAAAACUGACAGGAUGGAAAAUGCUGAAAGCAAGAGACAAAAACCUUCUGUGCAUUCAUCGAGGCAGAUGCUUCCGAAGCCUCCCAGUUCGUCGGUUAGCAAUAACAAGAGAAUCGUGAGUAUGAAAGGAAAACCAGUGUCGGAAUACAAGAGUGAGGAGUAUCCGAGGUGUGACAGGAGCAAGCGCCCGGAUGGCGAUCGAAAGACGCGUGUGUCAAGCGGUUCCAGAGAACCUUACAAAGGACAACCCGAAAAAUCAUGCAUGAGGAAGAGGGAUAUUGACAGAAGGGCAAAGUCUUCUACGCCAGAUGGUUCAGAGAGGCUCAGGCAUGAUGUAGAUAGAAGACCAAGCAGAUCCAGCCAUUCUUCUAAAGAAGAGGUGAAUUCUGAGGAAUAUUGUUCAGAUCACGAGACUGGUAGUAGUGGCUCCUCUGAACAAGGCAAUACAGAGAAUGAGGAGGAAGGAAUGGAAGAAGAGGAAGAUGAUGAAGGGGAGGAGGACGAAGAGGUGGAAGAAGAUGGGGAAGAGGAUGAAGAAGAGUAUGAACAGGAUGAGAGAGAUCAGAAGGAAGGAAACGACUAUGACACACGAAGUGAAGCCAGCGAUUCUGACUCUGAAUCUGCCUCUUUUACAGAUGGGUCAGUCAGAUCUGGGUCUGGUUCAGAUGCAUCAGAUGAGAAAAAGAAGGAGAGGAAGAGAGCUCGUGGUAUCUCUCCGAUUGUUUUUGACAGAAGUGGAAGUUCUGCGUCAGAAUCGUAUGCAGACCAAACAAGUAAACUUAAAUACAUUCUCCAAGAUGCAAGAUUCUUUCUUAUCAAGAGUAACAACCAUGAAAACGUCUCACUUGCUAAAGCAAAGGGAGUAUGGUCAACACUUCCAGUGAAUGAAAAGAAGCUUAAUGCUGCGUUUAGAUCAGCAAGGAGUGUUAUUUUGAUAUUUUCUGUAAGAGAGAGUGGCAAAUUCCAAGGAUUUGCAAGACUAUCUUCAGAGUCCCAUCAUGGAGGAUCACCUAUACACUGGGUGCUGCCUGCAGGAAUGAAUGCAAAAAUGUUGGGAGGUGUCUUUAAAAUUGACUGGAUUUGCAGGCGUGAAUUGCCGUUCACUAAGUCUGCUCACCUGACCAAUCCUUGGAACGAACAUAAGCCAGUAAAGAUUGGACGCGAUGGACAGCUUUGUACCUACAGAAGAUUUGGAAUCUCUUUAAAUCAGUCCUUACUUAUGGUAGAGAACUGUGACAAAGGCACUCGCCUUAUUCCUAAUGUUGGUGCAGAAGAAGGAACCAGCAAACAAUACGGUGCCAAUCCUGGUGUCAUCUUCAUGAUAAACAGCGUUUGA